GCAAGUUAAAAGUGUCUUUUAAGAGUUUCAUUUUAUUCGGAUUAAUAUUUUUUAAGUUAUAUUGUUUUUGUGUUUUUACUGUACACAAGUUUUUGGCGGGUUCCAUUUUAUUAAAUAUCUUCGUUAUUUUUGAAAAAUUUUUUAACGAAAUUUCUUGCGGGCCAUCCCAAAAGCGUUCUUCAAGAGUACACCGAGUUUCAUUUCAUUCGGAUAGCCACGUCAAAAGUUACAGCCAAUUUAGUGUCGGGACAUUUGAACUAAUUUUUUCCUUCUCGUCCAAGGUUUGUCGAGGGAGGCCCGCUCCAACCAGCGCCGCCUGCUGACGGCUUUCGGAAGCGACACCGACUCGGACCUGCUUAAUUCAACCAGCUGAAGUUCAGGAAAAAACAGUUGAAGUUCGCAAAGUCCGCCAUCCACGACUGGGGUCUGUUCGCCAUGGAACCGAUAGCUGCGGACGAGAUGGUCAUCGAGUAUGUCGGUCAAAUGGUUAGGCACAGUAUAGCGGAUUUGAGGGAGACGAAAUACGAAGCAAUCGGUAUAGGAAGUUCGUAUCUGUUUAGAAUUGACCUGGAAAAUAUUAUUGAUGCCACCAAGUGCGGGAAUUUGGCCAGGUUUAUCAAUCAUAGUUCCCAACUGUUAUGCAAAGGUGAUAACAAUCGAGUCCCAGAAGAAAAUUGUUAUUUACUCGAAACAACGAUUGGGGUCAACGAAGAAAUCACCUAUGAUUACAAAUUUCCCCUUGAAGACGACAAAAUACCUUGUCUUUGUGGUGCACCUACCGUAGUCCAUGUGAGAAACGUCUUUAUAAUAAUGACUGGGAUUAAAACUGGUACUUUAUGGUGUUUCGUGAACAACUAUCAAAAUUCUACGCCGGUUAAAAAUAGACGCGCUGGAAACGUUGAAGACGAGAAAGAAGAGGAAUUCCAACAAAAAUAA